UGCUCUGUGCUCAGUUGGGACCGCAGGUACAAUCAGGUACGAUCUGCCGUACGUUUAAGAUCGUUUAAAUAUUUUUCUCACUUGUUUUUCAUUUUAUAUUUUUCAUAUAAUAACAAAUAAUAAUAAUAAUUUUAACCGGUAAAAUGAAAACCGCUAGAUAGCCGGUUUAAAAACGGGAUAAAAUUUUUAUAUAUAAAUAUAUAUAUAUACACAUAUGAAAAGUAAGUCAUUGAUUGAGAAGUGCGUCAGUGAAUGUAUAUAUUAAAGCAUCCGGCUGAUGUGUGUGUAGUUGCUAUAAAGUGAUAAGGACUAUUAUAUUAUCUAUGGUGCGUGGGUACCAUUCAGUUGGUGACCGCGGUUGCUAAUCUUAAGUUCAAAUUCAUGGAUCUUGUAGUUUUUUGCAAUUUAAAAAAUUUUAUUUUACAAACAAAUUGAAAAAAUUUGAAUUUUUGCAUUAAAAAAGAGGAAUAAUUAGAAACAUUUUGUGUCCAAACAAAAAUGUGUGGAGAAUUAUUUUGUUUUCUGAGGAUACAAUUGUUUACGACGUUAUUUAUUUUAGUUAUGAUUCAAAGGGUCACGAAUUUCCCUCAAAAGACUGACUACAUGUAUCAAUCAAAUAAUUAUAGAAGAAUGAAUCCACAAUUUCAACAAAGAACACAAAAUUUCUCAUUCAAUGAAAAUGACUCCAGUCAGGGGAGAAUGACAAGUGACGAUACGCACCGUGGUGAUAAUAGGUACAACAUGAUUAAAUUUGAGGAAACAAUUGCCUCUCCCUUGAGCAUUUAUUUUAAUUCUCGUUUUGAUUUCCCGGGUAAGGAAAUGUCCUCGACAACUCAAAGGCCAAGAUUUAAUUGGGGCGUUAACAAUCGUCAAAAAGUAACAAAUCAAAAAACAAUUCCUGCAACUAAAGACACGUAUGAUGAUAUAAGUUCGAGGAUAAUAUUUCCUGGUCAGGAGAAUGUUCCAGUGCGAACAGCAACAAAUAAUCUCGUUCCAGUUUGUAAGGAGAAAACAUUUUGUGAAAAUGUCACAAAUUAUCCGGAAGAUUUACUUAAUAAUAUCAUUAAAAAAUCUGGGGACUUGAAAAUUUUUACAGGAUCUGAUGUUGAAUUGGAUAUAGCGCAGAGAUUGGACUUUGAUGCUGACUAUUCACUUUGCAAUUCAAACGAACGAAUUAUUUAUCCCAAAGCAGCGGAAGCACAAAAUGAUAAGUGGUAUUUUAUAAUAAAUAUGAAGAAUUUUACUCAAGGAGUAAGAGUAGAAACUUGCAGUGACGAGGGUGGUGAAUGUAACUUAAUUGGAUCGAGUUUUAUAGAAGGUUAUAAAACAUUUUGCAAACAAAAUUACAUUGUUCAAAAAUUAGCAGUUGUCGCACACGAUGGAAUGUCAAUCACAGAGGAAUUAUUUCGAUUUCCAACGAGUUGCUGCUGUCACAGUCAGUUUUUGGGACAUACACUUGAUCGUAUGGGAUUUCCUUUAGCAAAGUCAAAUGUCACGCCAGUGCCGAAAAAAACGGAAACAUAAGCAUGUAGCUAAAAACAUAUGCGCAGAAAACUCUUGAAUCUCUUUCUUGGAAACUCUCUUUUAUCGAAAUAGGGAAAAAUAUUGUAUCAAAAUGAGAUAAGACGAAUUCAAUCCAUGAAACGUAAGUAGAGCGUUAAAGGAUAUCAUUUUCAUAUAUUUCCUAUUUGUACAAUAUUCUGUGUAAAAAAAAAAGAUAAAGAAAGUCAUAGAAAAAUUUUAUGCAAAAAUUUCUUUGCUUGAAAAAUAAAUUUUCAAUUUUUUUUUUUUUUUUUUGUUGAUUUAUUUAAAAUGAAGCUUUGAAAUUUGAAUUUUUGUUGGAAUUUCCCGUUUGAAAUAUUUGAAUGAUAUAAAUGGUUAUACUGCAUUUAUAUACAGUAAGAAAAGCUAUCCGUCAGUCAUAGGAAAGUAUGGGAAUCGCAUAAGUCUGUCUCACUCCCACUCAUGGGAUAUGACUGACGUGCUAGGUUUUCGUACUGUAUAUAAAUAUUACGAUUUUGUUUUUGUAAAUUGAAAGAAAAAGAAUCAAAUAAUGUAAAUGUAUAGAUUAAAUUUCUCUUUAUGUGAUAUUACAACUAAUUAGUUUGAAUCAGAAUAUUAUUAUUUACUGUGAAAAUAUUUUAUGUUCAUAGAGUUCUGAAUGUUCAAAUGAAGGAAAUUUUAAAAAAUUGAAAAAAAAGAAUUGUCUAAAAUUCAAAUUUUAAUAUCAUAAAACUGCGAAAAUAAUUUUAAAAACAGUUUCAAAAUUAUUUUUUUCUAAAUAUUUUUCUUUAGUAUUUACUCUCAAACUAGAAAUUAAUCACAAAAAUUAAAUGUGACUCGUUGGAAAGGUAAACAUUUUAUGUUAUGUUUAUAAUUUUUGGUGAAUAAAAGUGAAGAAAUCAAAGUGUAAUUAAUUUUUAAUGUUAAAAUUUGUAGACAAAACAUUUCGGUUUAUUUGAACAUUCAAAACUUGUGGUUCAUUUUUGAAAUAAAUUAAAUGAUUGUAUUUCUUAUACACUUAUUCUUAAAGUCUAUAUUAUGUUAAUAAAUAAUAAUUAAUUAGAUGUAAUAAAGUAUAUGAUUAAAUGUUUAUAAAUAUCGUCGAAGAAAAUGUGUAUGUUUUCUUAAUUCUUAUUUUCUUUUUGGUGUCAUAAUAUAAAUAUAAUUGCAUUCCAUCUGA